AUGAACGCCACAGCAGUAACAUAUCCAACGAUAUGUUUACUGCGAGCGAGUCAAGAUGCUUGUGCGAAACGCUUUGUUCUUUAUGACAGACGAGAGAGGCUGGGGAAAUUUGCACUCAACCCCGGUGCCCCAUCAAUGGAUAACAUCACAAAACAGUAUCUGGCACAUGACGCAGCCGUUGCUGGCAGGACAAAGCAUAAGCAGUGGCGUAAGGAGCUGAACUGCUCCAGUAAAAGAAUGCCGAGUGAUGCAGAGUGA